AUGGCAGCAACAGGCGAAGGCAUCACCACCACCGCCUCCGGCUCCGACCCCUACUCCGGCGGCGGCUCGCACGGCUCCGCCAUGACUUCGGGUCCCGGGCACGGCAACAAAACCGCCCCUGACCCCGAGGACGUCGAUACGUCGGGGACGCGCAUGGAGAUCGCGCAUGAUACGCGGACGUAUAGCGGGGGCACGGACUUGGGGAGUGGGACUACUGCUGGGCCGGGGGUCGGGAAUAAAGCGCCCCCCGAGCAUGGUGGGAGUAGCGAUUCGAGGACGGGGAAGUUGAUGGAGAAGGUGGGGGGGAAGAUGGGGAUGAAGGGGAUGGUGGAGACGGGGACGGCGAAGAGGGAGGCCGAGGGGGCAUUUGAGGGGUCGUGA